GCCGACGAAAACCAGCAAAAUGAUCGCGAAUUGCCCAAGGACAUUUGCGUUAUUUCUGCAGUUCUCCGAUAGCGCCCAGCUCGGUGUCUAUGGUUUGCGUACUGCUUCCACCAUCGGCUCAGGACCUCCUGCGGUGCGACUCGCUAGCUUCUGUUCCACCGCCGUGCGCGUCCAAAUCACCUCUGCCAGGUCACGCUUUGUGAUGGGAAGUUAUGGGAGUGCAAACAUGAGGCCUGAGAUGCACGAGGGGGUUGAUGAUAGCGCACUGCGCGCCGACAUCGACGCACAGCCCUUGUUGCAUACUUCCCGACGCCCUGGCUGGGUGAAACAGGUCACCCCUGCAAUUCCCAGAAGCCCUGCCCAGCAGUCGAUGGCACCCGCACCUAGCAGGCUUUCGACAGGCACCCGAUUUUUCUGGAACAUCUGUGAUCCUGGGAUACCUGACUUGGGCCAGGACCCCUGUCCAAAUGCGGCAACUUUGCAACGGUACGCGCCACGUUUUAGUAAGGGGCAGAACAAACAUAUGGCCCUACCGGUUUUCGGAAACCAUCCUGGACGCUGUGCUCUCCGUGGACAGAUGUAUAUCCUUGCCAACGGAUGUGUAGAGGCGGGAACGUUGAGCGACCGGCCUGGUGACAGCUGA